AUGCGAUGCGAUCAAAAUCCGGAUCAAAAUUCCGAUUUAUAUAUCUACCGUUUACUUUUAAAGAAAAAUGAUGUCGACCCAAUUCCAGACCUUUUUAAACGAGUUGCGGGCCUGGUUGAUUCCAGCUUAAAUGAUAAAAAUUUCUCUACUAAUCCAAUAAAAUCAAAGGAAAUUAAAAACAUGAAAUCUUCAGCCGAAAAUGAUCUAAAAAAUAACCCCAUUUCUGCGCUCGAUUCAAUUAUCAAGUCCUAUGUUCACGUCUUGGUCUACACCAAGAAACCUUCAGAUGAAACCCCCACUAAAGUUCAAGAAUCGAUCAAUUCUACACGUAUAAUACAAAUAACCAAAAAUAUGUCAGAUAUGUAUGCCUUAACUAACGAUACCGCACAUAUAAUUGAACAAGUCAAGAAUUGGAAAGACAAUAUCUUUACUCAGCCUGUAUUUAACCUUUCUAAUAUUGAUCCUAAAGACGAGUUAGUUUCCAAUUGGAAUGAGUUAAUUAUUUUGAGUAAGAUUAUGUUUCAUGCUAUCGAGCUUUGCAAUAUGCCUAAAAGCCCCAAUAAUAAGUUCAAUCGAGAUGAAUUUAUACCUUCAUUUGAUGAUGUGACACCUCUGUUACAUAUUCAAAACAAUAAUUUUACCAAUAUCUUUGAAAAAGUUGAAAAAAAUAUCAAGGAUGUUCGAAAUGGAAUUUUUGAAGAUUUUAAAAAACUUGAAAAAAGAAUCAACGAAACUAUUUCUCAACUGCUGGUCUUUUGUGAUGCAGAAUAUCCCAAAAACUUUACACAAUCUGUUACUAAAGCAAAGCAGUUGAACAAAACGCUUUCCUUUAUUGGUCCUUUUUUCAAUUCCACGUUUCAAUCCAGUAUAAAAGAUUUAAAAUGUAGCCGUUUGAUUCGGUUUCUCGACUAUACAGAUUUCGUCAGAAAAAAUUUUGAUUCUUUUAAUGCUGCUUAUAAGGAAGAGUUCAGUAAGAUUGUCGAAACCGCUGCUCUGUUAUUAGAUAGUUCGGAUCUUAAGCCUCAUCCCCAAAAUGAUGACACCGCGAAAGACGAUUUUAGCAAGCUAAAACCCAAGGUUGAAAAUCUUUCAUUGCAUGCGAAUGGCUACGGGUCUAUUUUUAAGAAUCUUUCUCAGACAACCCCGCCCAUUCCUAUUAUGCAAACUUAUAUUUCCAACAUAUCUUCUUUAAUCGCUAAUUUGGAGCGUAUAUCUAAGGAUCUAGAAACCAAAUACGCGACCGAUAUGACCGGCUAUCAUAAUUCUCUAAAUUUGUAUGCUCGAGAACGCAACAUUGCCCGCGAUUUGACAGAUUUGAUGUCUACUAAAGACUCAUAUGCAAAAUUUAAUGGGAGUGAAUAUCCUAAUUCUUUGAUUGAGAAAUCCAAAGAGCUCGAGGGAAUUUUGGAUAAAAUUUCAAAAUUCAAAAAUUCCUUUUCUACAAAUAUAAAAGCGUUAAUCGAAACUUCUGAGAAAACCUUCAACGAGGAAGAAAAUAAAUUGCCCAAAAUAUUCGAUGAAGCAUUUUCUACCCUUUUCAAGCAGAUGGAAAAGAAUAUCAAGAAUGCAGUGGAUCACAAAAACCUGAAUCUUUUGGACUUGGAAAAUCUGAGUCGUUUUUUGAAUAUGAAGGUUGAAGAACUUUCUCUGGCCGAAGCGUCUUUUUUGAAGCUUUCUUCAGCAAUCGUACCAAUGGAGAAAAUAAUCACACAGUGCAAACAUGUUGUGCCUACGAAAAAAAUUCAAGAUUUAGCUGCUAAUUUUAAGAAUUGCAAUCAGACUGCUGUUUUAUCUGAUCUUCUUGUUCUUGACACCAGCUACGCUAUUCUCUCAAGUGCUGAAUACCAGCUAAGAUGGGUUUAUGAGGUGAUUUCUUUUCCAAGUAAUGUCGCCAAUGCCAUUAGUAGUGAUCCCCAAAAACUUCCAGAAAUCACCCAUUAUACGGACAUCUUGAAUCUUAUCAAAGAUCAUGAAAAACUUCAAAGUAAUCUUACUUCAUCUAUAAAAAAAGCCUUUGAUUUACUUGAAAAUUUCAAAGUUAAAAAUGAUCCCAAUAGUGUUCCAAAUCAUUUCACUUUCAGUUUCAGCAAAAUUACGUUCUUUUUCAAUAUAGAGCUUUUCUUGGGUUUAAUCAUUAUUUUGUCAUUAUUGGGGUUGAUUCAUCACAAUCGCCGUCAACACAUGGUAGGAAUUACAUAUGGUAUCUAUCAGUCUUUCAUAUUCCUCCAUUCAUUCGUUAUAUUUCCGCUAUUUUACAUCGGAGCUUCAAUUUCAGCUGCAUACAUACUGUGGAUAAUAUUUGGGAAUAAUGGAAAUGGCGAUCGAAAAAAUACUCACAGUAGUAGAUAUAAGGAAUCAAACAUGCAUUCUCUCUCUUAUUUUCAGAGCGUUAACAACAAUGCUAUUGACAAAAACCCAGAUCCGGCCAAUCAGAAUAUCGCUAGCCCCGAAGCUAAUUCAGCCUCUGCUUGGCAUUUUGGUCGAUUUGAAGCAUUUUCAGCCGCCAUUUCCUUGCUUCUCUUAGUAGUAGCAUGA